AUGAAGCGGACAAUUAUUCAAGUGACUCCUCCAUCUAAACUGGCCUUGGAGCAACGGGAAAUAUUGGGCACUUCAUCAGGCGACUUCAGGUGUAUUUCUAGAGAUUGUCCAGGGGCUGGCAACAAGAAUAGAGAGCCAUCCACAGCCAUAAGACGCAGAACCUCUUCUGGCAAAACGGUCCUGCCUCACCCAGAGGUGGCCGAGAAGGCCGUUGGAGGACCACAAAGCUGCAAGCGGCUUUCCUGGGGCCUGCAGGGAAUAGCUGGAGGACGCUUGGAAGGGCACCCACAUUGGGUCUCACAGGAGUCUGCACCUGCAGGUCACGCUGGCAUUAGCCCCUCAUCCUCAGCAGUUCAUCUCAUCCCGGCGAAGACAGCUGGCUGGCCUCAGAGGGUCUCAUCCGCUGAGCAAUACCUCCUCCCGAUUCAGCACAUCCCUGGUGCCGACUUUUUGCAUGUGUUCACUUUGAGGAUGCAUUGUGGGCCUGCAAGAAAUGUAAAGCUGUUUGAGGCUUUAUUAAAUUCAAAUUCGAGCUGUUAA